UCGGACAUUCAUUGCCUGAGCAUCCUCGGUGCAAGUGCUUUUUGCAGGAGUACGCUAGUCCGUGCCGAAACACCAACAAUCACCAUGAACGCCGCGUUCAUCGCCCUUCUGCUGUGCGCCUGUGUCGCCGUCGCCAUGGCCGGCGGCUUUGGUGGCUACGGGGGCGGCUUCGGCGGAUACGGUGGAUACGGUGGCGGCUUCGGUGGCCUCGACGGUGGCCACGGCUACGUCAAGACCGUGCCGGGCCCCUCGUUCCUCGUGAAGACCGUGCACCACGUCAACAAGCUCAAUCGCGGCGCUCACCUAGUCGGCGGACAGUACGGACACGGCGGAUACGGAGGCGGCUACGGAGGAGGAUUCGGCUUCGGAGGCUUCAAGCACUGAGCGCGGGGGACAUGGUGUGGCCGGAGUACGGCGCGACAGCCCCCGAGGCAUCACUCCACGGGUCUGCCGCGCGUCAUCCUGCUUGGCUGUGGCCACGCCGAGUCGCGGGGGACUUUUGCCACUGCCGCGGUGUGUUGCCUGUGCGGGGCGCAAUAUUGUAAAUGCGCGUUUCAUUGUGCCUCGAGCCAAGCUCUGUACGUGACGUACGCGCUCUAAUGGGUAAUAGAGACAGAGGCAAGCCGCGCUGAACGACCUUUCAGACGCGAUCCAAAACCACAGCUGAAAUUCAUGCCUUCGACGUGGUUGUAAAGAGAGGCAUUUCACGACUGCAGUCUACGCUAGCGUUCCUUCUAUCGCGUAAUGCCUGGUAGUACUGAGGACCCACUAUGUAUGAAUCGAAGCGUCUGUAUCUUUUCUUCUCAGGCUGAUGUAAAACUACGAUCGCCAGUUAACGUCACCAGAAGCACCAUGGCCGCAUCAUUGGGAUGUGUUA